AUGACGUUGGUGGAUGUUGAUGAACUGUCGCGGAUAAAAGAUGAGACCUUACAGCAGCGUGCAGCAGAAGUGCCGCUGGCAACAGAGCUGAUCAAUGCUCACCUGCAGGAAUUGGAAGAAUGGAUUGCUGGAGACGAUAGCCUGGCGAUUGUGAAUGCGCACAAUCAUUUUGAAGCGAUGCACGAAGUGCCUACUUGCAGUAUGGGGCUGCAUCCCUGGUACCUGGAUAAUGCACAAGAGCAAAUGAUGGUACUGGACACCUAUGCCCGCUCCGCCAAUGUGCUGGCAAUAGGGGAGUGCGGGCUGGAUCGUGCCCAAGGGGCGCCCUGGGACCAGCAGCUUUCUUUUUUUGAACAACAGAUCAUUUUGGCUAUGCGCCUGCAAAAGCCGCUCAUUAUCCAUUGUGUGCGGGCGCAUGAUGAAGUGCUCCGUUUAUUGGCAGGUCAUAAGGUCAACGUCCCGGUUGUGUUUCACGGAUUUAAUGGGCGGGACACGAUUGCGGAACGAAUAUUAAACGCCGGUUGUUACCUUUCCUUUGGUGUUGCUUUGCUCCGGCCAACCGCUCCUGCGGCUGUUUUGCUUUCCCAUAUUUCUGCCGGUCGGUUUUUCCUGGAGACCGAUGCUGCCACUGUUUCUAUUAAAGACUUGUACCGGAUUGCCGCACAAAUUCGGAAAACGGAGGAAGAAGCGAUUAUUUUGCAGCUGCAACAGAAUUUUAAAAACGUUUUCGGAGUAUGA